AACUAUUGAAUUAACCGUCCAAAGCUUGUUCCAUUUGAACGAGGAACUGAAGAUCGUGCGGUCGUGCCAUUAACGCCAGCUAUCAUUCUUACUUAGUUUAAUCAUUCAUCCUAAACCAUCAAUUCAAUCCCUAAAAUCUCAGCUCAUUACCUCAAUCGAUUCAUUUUUUGACCUUUCAAGAUCCAAAAUCUAAUGUAUGUCAAUUGAAUUGAUCUUCUGCUUUCCCCCUUUCAAAUUAUCUUGAGCCUGCAAUUCGAUUUUGCGCGACCUUCUGCUUCUUCUUGGUUUUUGAGCUGAUGAGAUUGGGUUGAAUCGGUGAAGAAGUUUUGGAGGAUGGAUGUUGUAGCUUAUACGUUAUAGGUAAAUCUAAUUGAAAUUCGACCAAAUUUGCAAGUUGCUGUAGCAUAGAUUUUGUAAGUAGCUAUUGGAAUGCUUGGAUAUUGUAGAAGUGUGUUUGUUUGAAAGACAGAAAUGAAAUCUGUUUCAUUCAAGGAUUGGCAAAAAACUUCGUAUCCGAAGGCCCUUCUGUCGAUUAUUGCCUCAGUUGGAGGGCUUGCCUUAUUCUUACUGCUUGCUUCAACUGUGUUGGUCUCACAACCUAUUGGCUCUACGAUUCAUGAGUAUUUCUAUGGUGCUACUAGCCCGAGAAAGCUUGAUUCGGAUUCAUCCCUCAAUCUUUCGGCUUCAGAGUCUGAGCACAUUGUUCAGCCGUUUGUUGAAGGAGACAAAUCAAAUGUAACUGUUCUUGCGGAUCACCAGAAUGAAGUCAAUGAUGGUCCUAAACUUGAUGAAUCUGGUGAAGGUGAUAGCAAGGGAGCUUUGGUCGAAGGGGCUAAGGAUGAUGGUCCCAAACUUGAUGAAUCUGGUGAAGGUGAUAGCAAGGGAGCUUUGGUACAAGGGGCUAAGGAUGAAGCAUCCGAGUCAGGCCAAGUAGAAUCUGGGAAUUUGGGGGAUAAGCUUCCACAGCCUGAGGGAGAAAGGAGUGACAGUAACAAUACAAUGCUUCCUGAUAGUUCGUUUGAGGGAAAUGCAUCAAUCGCCUUCAGUGAUAAACCAACCGAGUUGGCAGAGAGUGUUGAUUCUUCUGGUGCUGCCACCGACUCGAGCCAACCUAAUGUUGCUGAAGCAGAUUGUGAUCUUUAUCAUGGAAAAUGGAUUCAUGAUGAAGCUGGACCAUUAUAUAGGAACGACUCGUGCCCCAUAAUCACUCAGAUGCAGAACUGCCAAGGAAAUGGAAGACCAGACAAAGAUUAUGAGAACUGGAGAUGGAAACCAUCCCAGUGUGACAUUCCUAGGUUUGAUCCAAAGAAGUUCCUUGAGCUAAUGAGAGGAAAAACAUUAGCUUUUAUAGGUGAUUCAGUUGCAAGAAAUCAAAUGGAGUCGAUGUUGUGUAUCCUGUGGCAGGCUGAAGCCCCUAAAAACAGAGGUAAUAAGAAAAUGCAACGAUAUUAUUUCAGAUCUACAUCUACAACGAUUGUUCGCAUAUGGUCCUCGUGGCUUGUUCAUCAGACCUCUGAACCAUUUGAUUAUGCUCCUGCCGGUGUGACUAAGCUCCAUCUUGACGCGCCUGAUGAGGGCUUCAUGCAAUAUAUCACAGAGUUUGAUGUAAUUGUCCUUUCGUCUGGCCAUUGGUUUGCGAAGCAGUCAGUAUACAUAUUGAACAAUGAGAUCGUAGGGGGGCAAUUGUGGUGGCCAGAUAAGUCCCGUGAAAAGAAAAUCAACAACAUUGAUGCUUUUGGAGUAUCUGUGGAAACAAUUCUUACUGCCAUGGGCACACACCCAAAUUACACUGGUGUAACCAUUGUCCGCAGCUUUUCUCCAGAUCAUUACGAGGGUGGAGCAUGGAACACUGGAGGAUCGUGUACCGGGAAAGAAAGGCCCCUGGAAGGUGCAAUAGUUGAAAACGGCUUUACCAAUAUAAUGCAUGAGAAACAAGUCAACGGAUUCAAUCGUGCAGUAGAGAAAAAGACAAACAAGUCGAAACUGAAAUUGAUGGACAUUACAGAAGCCUUUUCCUAUCGCCAUGAUGGGCAUCCAGGUCCAUAUCGAAGCCCAGAUCCUAAUAAGAUUACUAAGCGAGGGCCAGAUGGUAAGCCCCCGCCACAGGAUUGCUUGCAUUGGUGCAUGCCAGGUCCAGUAGAUACAUGGAACGAGCUGGUAUAUGAAAUUAUAAGACGAGAAUCCCAUGACUAAGUAAAAUUUUCUUCAGAGUUAACUCAUGUUUGAUUCUGUUAUAUUAUUUGUUAUACAGAAGAAAUGUUUUUUUUCCAUUCGGCCAUAGAAUACUACUUGAUGUUAGAAAGCUUUCUGUAACUUAAUGGAUGAAUGAGCCCUGUCUUGUUCAUCCCAUGUACUCUUCUUAUUGAGAAAUAUAAACUUUAACAGACCCUUUCUGUAA